GGGAGAUUGAAACCAGAAAAGCCGAACCGGCCAACAUCCUUAAACCCUACCACAUACCCUGCACUACUGUCACUGUCGGUAUAAAUAUUGCUGUGAACCCUACCUAUUCAACACAUCCCAAAAGAUGGAGACGCUCGCAGCUCGACGCUUCUCGAACGCACCUUUGAUCCGGCCGUGCAACCUUGCUACCAAGAACCUUCAACCAAUCCAUUGCAGAAAGCAGACUCAUUUCAUACGCAAUCAUCUCUGCUUUAUAUCCGGACUGAGACGCUUCCCCAUCUUAUCUGUGAGGUCAGCCACCUCUGAUGAGACUUCUACAGGUACAACUCCUUAUGGAAAAGACAAACUAGAAGCCGAUGGUUCGGUUAUUGUGGAAGACAAUAGCCCUGGUGAUAGGAAAGAAGAUUAUGACAUAAUUCGACUGCCACAAGAAGGCCCUUUGAUUGAUAUGGAGAUAUUUAAGUUCAUGGAGGAUCUUAAUAUUAAGUUUGACUUUCAGGAUACAUAUUCACUACUUGUUUUUGGUGGUGGCGGUGCUGUUGCACUCUGGUUAGCUACUGCUGUUAUUGGUGCCAUUGAUUCUAUACCACUGGUGGUUGCCAAAACUGUUGGAACUUAUCGGAUUUGUCUACACGAUCUGGUUCAGCUCUCGAUAUUUGAUUUUCAAGGAAAAUAGAGAUGAAUUGUUUUCCAAAGUAGAACAAAUAAAGCAGGAGGUGAUUGGUUCAAAGGACUUUAAGUAGUGAAUUAGGUUAAGAAUUUUUUAUCUUAGCUGUUUCGAUUUCCAAAUUAUACAUUUCCAUGUCCUCUUCUGUUGUGUGAUACACACUUCAUUAAUCCGAUACUUCUGUCGAAUGAGGCUAUGGGAAAAUUUGUUGAUAGCUUGUUUUGGUGUCAUUAAUCCGAUACUUCUGUCGAAUGAGGCUAUGGGAAAAUUUGUUGAUAGCUUGUUUUGGUGUCAUUAAUCCGAUACUUCUGUAGAAUGAGGGUAUGAGAAAAUUAUUAGUAGCUUGUUUGGGAAAUAGCUUGUUUAGUUGAAAAUUUCCAUGUACAAAGAAUAAGUUUUAUUCAUAUGCACAUUUACUUAUUUCAAUUACAUGUGGUUUAUAA